AGAGGACAUAUGCAAAGUGCCUUUUACAAUGCAGACAGACUGUAGAUACAAAAUAGCACCUGACGAUAAUUAUAUUAUCUGAACAGAAUUCUUACAGCCACAGUAUUAUAAAUUUCACGUUCAGAUGCUACAGUACUGUUGAAAGUCACAAUUAGGGUCUAUUAAAAUAUUUUCUUUUGCUCUUUGCUGCCAGACCUCCGCCAUCAUGGGUCGCAUGCACGCUCCUGGGAAGGGCCUGUCCCAGUCGGCGCUGCCCUACCGCUGUAGCAUCCCCACGUGGCUAAAGUUGACGUCUGACAAUGUGAAGGAACAGAUUUACAAACUGGCCAAGAAAGGCCUGACUCCCUCCCAGAGAGGUGUGAUCCUGAGGGACUCCCAUGGUGUGGCACAGGUCCUUUUUGUGACUGGUAAUAAAAUCUUGAGAAUCCUUAAGUCCAAAAGCCUUGCCCCUGACCUCCCUGAGGAUCUCUACCAUUUGAUUAAGAAAGCCGUUGCUAUCCAAAAGCAUAUUGAGAGAAACAGUAAGGAUAAGGAUGCUAAAUUCCGCUUGAUUCUGAUAGAGAGCAGAAUUCACCGGUUGGCUCGUUACUAUAAGACUAAACGGGUCCUCCCACCCAAUUGGAAAUACGAGUCAUCCACAGCCUCUGCUCUAGUGGCAUAAAUUCUCUUAUAUACACCAGCAAUAAAAUCGCUUUGAAUAAAUUAAA